AUGGCCGCGACACGACCGGACAUUGCCUUUGCUGUGAGUUACGUUUCGCGCUUCAUGGAAAACCUCCAAGUCGAGCAUUGGAUGGCGGUCGAGCGCAUUUUGCGAUACUUACAAGGGACUAAGUCACACGGCAUCUGUUUCAAGUCUGAUGACAAGAUAGACUUCUGCGGCUACUCGGAUGCAGACUGGGCCGGCGACCAUGCAGACCGCAAGUCGACUUCGGGAUAUGCGCUCAUCCUGAUGGGUGCUCCGGUGAGCUGGGGAAGCAAAAAGCAGUCAAUUGUGUCGCUGUCAACAAGUGAAGCUGAGUGCAUUGCACUUAGUCUGGCUAUUCAAGAAGGUAAGUGA